AUGGACGGUCCGGGUGCAGACGAGGACCUGGACCUCUACGCCCUCCUCGAAGUAGACAAGUCGGCUAGCCCCAACGAUAUCAAGAAGUCUUAUCGAAAGUUGGCACUGCAACACCACCCUGACAAGGUCUCCGAAGACAUCCGUGCCGAGUCCGAAGCCAAGUUCAAAGCGAUUACGCAAGCAUACGAAAUCCUUCGCGAUGAGGAGAAGCGCCAUCUCUACGACACCCACGGCAUGGCUGCCUUUGACCCCUCACGAGGGGGGCCCGGCGGUGCCGAGGUUGAUCUCAACGAUAUUCUCUCCCAGAUGUUCGGCAUGAAUAUGGGCGGUAUGCCUGGUGGCAUGCCCGGUGGUGGCCCCCGGCGGCCGAGACGGAGCCCGGACGAAGAACAACCCUACAAAGUCACGCUCGAAGAGCUGUACAAGGGCAAGACAGUCAAGUUCGCCGCUGAGAAACAAGUCAUCUGCGGUCAGUGCAAGGGUAGCGGUGCAAAGGACAAGGUCAAGCCCAAUACCUGCGACCGCUGCCGUGGUAUCGGCCGCCAGGAAGCGUUCCGUCAGGUUGGCCCCGGCCUCGUCCGCAAGGAGGUGAUCCCCUGUGACCACUGCCAGGGCUCUGGUAUGUACUACAAGGAGAAGGACCGCUGCAAGAAGUGCAAGGGUAAGCGGACCGUCAAGGAGACCAAGGCACUAGAGCUCUAUAUCCCUCGCGGUUCCUUGCAGGGCGAGCGAAUUGUGCUCGAAGGCGAGGCCGACCAGAUGCCCGACAUGACGCCCGGCGACCUCAUCUUCCACCUUAUCGAGGAGCCACACGAUGACUUCACCCGCAUCGGCCACGAUCUCUCGGCAGACCUACACGUCACCCUUGCCGAGGCUUUGUCCGGCUUCUCUCGUGUUGUCAUCAAGCACCUUUGA